UACCUAACGAUGAUAACAUCGCUUGAAAGAAUGAGGCGAUAGGUUAAUGAGCACUAAGAGGGGAGAAAGCAUGACAUGUUGAAUACGGUUGAUCGGCAGACUCCAGUAACACAGCGGAACAACGGAUUCACAGCGACAGCCCGAUCAGAAAAAGAUCUCACAUCCAUCCAGUGACUACUCCGUACAUCCAAUCUUAUUCAACAAUCCACCUGCACCCUACAACCUCCAACCUAGACUCACCACUCACACCACACCGCAUCACAAUUCUUCCUAUAAUCGACUGCCUGCCUCAUCAAGAGGCCCGCCAUGUUCUUUUCCCAAGUACCAGACGAGAUAAUUCAACAUUUGCUCUAUUAUAUCCCACCAGAAGACAACCUCUCUAAUUUCCAACUUGUCUCGCAUCGCCUAAGGCAUCUGGCUGAUGAACCGCUUCUGUGGAAAUAUCAUUGUCGAAGCAAUUUUAGAUUCUGGCAUCCCGAGCACAACCUGCAGCGUCGUUUAAAGGGCAGGGCGUCUGAUACACCGUGGAAGAAAUUAUUCAUCUUACGGAAGUCCCGCAAUGAACAGCUUAAACGUCUCUUGGGCGAGAUCCUUGUAACCAAAGUUGGCCGCCUGAAGCGAUAUGAAAAAGUUUGCCAACUUGGUUAUGACGCCAAAGAUUUUCUUCUAGAGCAGUGCAAAGCAGACGAGAAUGCUGAAGAUGUCUUGGCUCGACGAUAUUAUAGUCAAUCCCUGCUGGAUAGUGUCCACAGAUCUAUCGCCAUUGAUGAGUGGUACAACAUUCAACUUGUGACCUCGACUCACAGUGGGCAACCACAGACCCUCAGCCUUGAGCGCGCUCUUGGGGCGUUCGAUUUAUUCGUUCUGCACGACCAGCCCGGAGAUUUGGACGAUAUUAGCGAUAUUCUUGAUAAUCUGGCAGCGGCGUUUCUUGAGACUCAACCAGACAUCGGUGAAAUGUCAACGCGACAAAAGGCACUGGAAUUAAACCGAUGGCUCCGAAUGAAUAACCUCACGGGUUUGCGGAAUCCUGAGACAAGUUAUCGAAAUCUCAGAAAUUGUCUCAUCGGCCAAGCUCUGCGCCAUGAAGAUCACGACUCGAUUCCUAUCAUCUCCAGCGCCAUCUUUUGCUGCCUCGCUCAGCGUUUGGGUGUCGAAGCACAAUGCUGCGCAUUUCCAACUCAUGUACACGCUAUAGUGCUUGCAGAGAAAGGAAAGACUUUAGACAGUACCCCUGUUACAGAGGACCAUGCACCUCCAGAGAGGAUGUACUUAGAUCCCUAUGGCUCAAGUGAGGAGAUUCCUCUGUCUGAUUUACAGGCUUUGCUGUCCCGUUUUGGCUGGCAGUCGAGCACCGAUACCUUCUUGUCUCCCGUAAACCCUGUCGCCAUUGCCAUGCGGACAGCGCGCAAUAUCAGAGCCACUGCUGCCAGGGUGAUUGGCGCCCACGAGCAGGCUGACCCUGAACUUACCAGACUCAUCACCGGCAAUGAUCCAGCCAAUAUUGAAGCUUCCCUCUACUCCGCACUCUGGGCGUCUCUUCUUCUUACACCGGUCGACUCCUUCGAAUGGGACGAGGUUUUGGAACCUUUCCUUAACCGAUUUGCAAAGAGCUGGCACGUAGAUGCUUGGCUUGUUGAGAAGUACAUAUUCCCUUUGUACGAUCGCUUUGGCCCCUUUCGUGAGAGAUUCAUGAGGAACAAUCCCCGUAGGUGGGAUGACCCUCACGAGGUUUUAGGUCUUGUGGAUGAGUUUGAUGAGGUUCCACCGCCGGUUUUUCACAGGAACAACGCGCGAACCCAAAAUGUGCUCUACAAGAUCGGGCAGGUCUUUAGACACCGACGAUAUGGCUGGAUCGGUGCUGUUAACGGGUGGACCGACCAGGAAUUACCUAACCGGGUGCGUCCCCGAAACCAAACCUUUUACACAUGCCUACGCACAAUAGGCCCUGAGCGGCAUGUUGUUGCAGAAGACAAUAUUGUGCUGAUUCAGGAUCCGCGAGAGGUCCCGGAAUCUUUAUUUCCUCAGGCUGGAAAGUUCUUCAAGAGAUUUGAUGCUGAGACUUGCACCUUUGUGUCCAACAUUACGGAGCAGUACCCGGACGAUUAAAGGGUGUUGAGAAUCUUUGCUUUUAUGUUGGUUAUCACGAUUUUUACUCUUCGGAAUGCAUGCUUGGUGUUCGGAAGGCUUUAUUACGGUGGACGGCGAGCAGUCUCUCUUUAGAGGAGAUCAUGGUUCACGAUACAGGUGGUUGAUGCAGCAAAAAGGUGUGCAAAGGAUUGCUAUAAUAGAAUUAGUUUCAAUAGCAUGAGUAAGUAGGAUCCUCAAGUACUACAUAUGCUCUAAGCACUCUAAGC